AAUAGCUUGCUAUGACUUUAGCAAAUGUCUGGCAACUCCAGUGUAUUGGGCCCACAAAAGGAAAAUUUGUUUACAAUAAAAAUAGAAAAUUAAGCUAGAACGGCUGACUAAUUAAGCAGAACGACUGAUGCACAGCGGGACUUUAGCAUUGCCUCGAUGAGUGGGCAAGCCAACUUUCACACAAGCUAUUCGAAAUACACUGGGAACUAUGAGUUUGCAUUACGCGGAAUCGGAAUCUUCGCAGUCAGAGAGCAAAAUGGACAUCUCCGAGACUCCCACGGACUCGACAGGCAUCUCCCCGCUGGCCGAUGAGUGUACGCAGGUCACUGCGUCCCAGGUGAAACCCAUUCUGGUGGAAGAAAAAGAGACCAAGACGAUCGCUACCCUGGACAAUAGAAUAAUACGAUCGGAGCUGCUGUCCAUCGAGACGAUGCCACAACGACAAAUCAUUGAACGCACGCUGGCCAACAGCCACCCGCUGAUGUCGCCCACAAACACAGACUCGGACUCGGAGCCGUUUCAGACCAAGCGGAACAACUUUCCCGACGUGGUGCCCGCCACCGAGGCGGCCGUGCAGGCGAAGAACACAAUGAAUCAACAAGUACCCCGCAACAGGCCGCAGGAUGCCAAAGUCAGCCUUCUGAGGGCCAAUAGCCCCGACAUCCUCAGCGAAUCGGAUGCGGAUGUCUCGCAGUAUCUCGCUGCUGUCGAGUCCAAUUUUCAAUCUGUUUCCCUGCUGCCCAAAGCCAACGGCAAGAAAACGAAGCGCGGCAGUACCCUGCCAGGGGGCGAGGACAUCUCAAGCCUGGACUCCAUCUCAAAUCAUAGCUUCGAUGAUGAUGAGGACAUCGAACACAAUCUGGCAUCGCUCAGUCCCUCGAGUUCGCUCAUCGAUGGCCUGGAUGGGGAGGAUGAUGAUGAUGAUUGUGAGGGUCCUGAGCUGCUGCCCGACAAUGACGAUGAUCUGGACCUGGAGUUUGGUCUGGCUACAACGCCAACGCCUCACACUCCGGCUGCGGCGACUCUACCACAGUAUUCGGCUGCCGAAGAGCGGCGUGACUCACGCAACUGGCAGAAAAUCACACUACCCGAUGGACGCACGCGAGAAAUCGACAUGCGGGUCAUUGAGCCCUACAAGCGUGUGCUGUCGCACGGCGGCUAUCUGAAGUCUGGCGGUCAGAAUGCAAUAGUCAUCUUCUGUGCCUGCCACUUGCCGGAUCGAUCGCGGGCCGACUACAGCUACGUGAUGGACAAUCUGUUCCUCUAUGUGGUGAAGACCCUGGAGCAACUGGUGACGGAUGAUUAUGUCUUGAUCUACUUGCAUGGCGGCUCAAAUAGGCGCAAUGUACCGCCCUUUCCAUGGCUAAAGCGAUGCUAUCAACUGCUGGAUAGACGCUUGCGCAAGAGUCUAAAGCACAUGUAUUUGGUGCAUCCAACCUUUUGGAUCAAGUCUUUGGUAUGGAUGGCACGUCCGUUUGUCAGCACAAAGUUCUGGCGCAAACUGAUUUAUGUUAAAUCUCUGGAGGAGCUCGGUCUGCAUGUGGUUGUGGAGAAGGCAGCCAUACCGGAGAAGGUGAAGCAGUUCGAUGCCAAGCGACAUUGAGAAACUGCAAAAUACUCUCUCUCUCUAGACUUGUUUCAUUCAAACGCGAAAACACUCACCAUUUGUGUUUCAGCAUUCACUCCACCCCCUCCCCACCCAUCUUCAUCGACUAAUUGAUUAUUUGAGCUAUCUCUCUCUUUAUCUCUUUUACUCGCUAUGCUUUAAUUUAAGAUCUCAAUCUUUGUGAUACUUUAUGUUUGCGUUCUCUCAGACGUAGCUCUUAUACCCAACUUCCCUGCGCGCGAGUGUGAAGCAAAAGGAAGCGUUUUAGCAAAACAUCGAACAAGUUUUUGUAGUUCUUUAUUGGCAGACGAUAUAACUCUUGUAUUAGUAGGCACAUGCAUAUGUGCCUAGGAUUCCUAUACACACAAACACAAACAUAUAUAAAUAUCAUAGUUAUUAUCGUAUAGCUUCCGCUUCAUACAAUACAAUAUACAUAUAACUAUAUUUUGUAAUGGAAAACAGACAUCAUAAGCAACCAGAAACCACCAAAACUUCCAAAACAUGUUACCUUUUCUUUGUAGUUGCAAACAAAACGAGACGACACGAAAUAACUGAAUUUAAACAUAAGUAAUUGAAAAUAUUUAGCUGAAUUUUGCAUUCACUGCAUAUUGUAUAUCCCCCGAAACUGUUUCGCCACCGCACGAAGACCUAUGACCACUGAGACCCCAUACAAGCUAAUCGUACACACACACAUAAUCGUAAUACUCGUACUCGUAUUCACCAUUUGUAGGAAGCCCCCGUUUAGUCUAUAAGUGAUACAUAUAGUGACCAUUCUUGAAGAACGUUUGAUAUUUGUAAAGUCUACACACGCCGAGCAACACACAUGUAGGAUCUCCCUCUCUCACUCUCUAUAUAUAGAUGGAUGGAAGAUAAUCUGACGUACAAUUUAGGCAAUAUAACCGAUGGAUAUUACGAUCGACAUUUUGUUGGUUUCCUUUAAUUGCUUUAAAGUUUAAACAAUAAUAAUAAUAAAGUGCAAGUGCAAGAUGA